UCGCCGGCGCAUAGUCCGGAGACACCAAACCGAGCCUCCAACGCUUCAUGGACCAUGGACCCAGGAAGAAACCCACGGUCUAUCACCAUCUUCUUCUUCUCCCCAAUCAUACUUCAGUUCUCAAAAAUUACAGAGCCCCCGAAUUUUUGUUAUGAGCCUCUCUAUUAAUCAACUUUUCAUCAUUAACGUAUCAUUUCUUUGAUAAAAAAAAAAAGAAGAAGAUGGCAAACAUCAAUAAAAACGAGCCCAGCACGGCCCCACUGCCCGAUCGAUGGUACAAUUUAACCCUAGGCUCCUCAUUCAAAGACCACCAGCCUUCUUCCAAGUUCUGCACUUUACGAUAUGAAUUUAAACCCGCAUCAAUUGAUAAGAAUCAACCGGGAACAUUGCACAAGAACAAGGACAAUAGAAUUACGGUUGAAUUUCAAAACAAUCAAGCAGGGAAGCCCAAGGUCACGUUUGAGGGCAGCAGUGAGGAUUACAAGGAGAACGACGCCGUUUUGUUCUUCGACGGUGAGUCUUUUCGGCUUGAGCGCCUCCACCGGGCGGUCAAGCGGCUGAGGCAUGUAAGGCUGCCUGGCGAAUCUGCGUCUGCUGCUGUGGCGGCGGCAGCGGCUGCUGGUAGUUCGUCGGCUUCAGGUGGACCAGCUGUUGAGGCUGGCUCGCCGCCUGUUGCAAAGGGGAAUAAAUUGCCUUUCAACAAAACCACAAUUCCGGCUGUCCCGGUUGAGGUGGAAAGGAUUGAAAUUGGAGGGUUCAAAAGCUCAGGUGCAGAUGCAAAACCCAGGAAUGAGAAAGUUGAUGACCAUCCUCCUGUUCAAGAAAAUGAAUCAAAUGCAUCACCUGACAAGAUGGAUGAUCUGGUGGAACAAUUGGAUAUAUUGAAUGACGAUGAUGAUGAUGUAGCAAAUGGAGGAAAUAAUGACGUGAAAGAGUAUCAUACAGGAAUCGAUAUUAAUAUACCGCAUCAAAAUGAUACAGAUGAUGAGAUAGCUGAUGUGGAUGCUAGUGAUGAUGAAGCUGAUAAGGGACGUAAUGCUGCAGAAGCCCUUCGAGCACAGGUGAAUGCAGAGGAAAGGGAGGAGCAAACUUCAAGCUCUAGCGGUAGUAGUGGGAGCGAGAGCAGUAGAAGCGGAAGUGGGAGUGGAAGUGGCAGUGGGAGUGGGAGCAGCAGUAGUGAUAGUGACAGCAGUGACGAUGACUCAGUUAAUUCUAUUUGAUGAUUGAAAGUUGGCUAUUGAUAAUGAACGCUAGUCGCUGCAAACGUAGGAACCACUGCAGACAUUAGCAAGGUUGCUUGUUGGGUAGGUGUUCUGUAAAACUGUAUGACGGGUACUAUGCUGAAUGGCAUCUUCAGAGUUUCGAGAGGAGGCAUCUUAACCACUAGGAUUUGGGGUGGUAAAAUUUUGUCUCAUAGUUUUAAUUUCGUUAAUUAUUUUCGGAGUGUUGAGCUUGAUCCAAAUUAUGUGCUGUCGGACGAGUUACGCUCGGUGCUCUGUCAAAAGCAGUGGAGGAGAAUGUGAUUAUUAUAUGUAAUCCCAAUGGUUUUAGAAUUCAAUGGGGUGUAUGGAUGGGACUUUAUAUUUGUGCCUUUGGUUCAUGUAUAGCUACAAUCAAUUAAGCUCCACAAAAGAUGGAUACAUCCCCAGUCUUACGAGUCA